CAAAGCUUUACGAAUAUGUCUAAUGUCAGGAGAAGCCUAGUAGCAGUAAUGUCCUAAAAUAAUGUAAGCGAAGACGGAAGUAUAUGAAGUGAAUCCUGUCCUCUGCGAGGCUUCCUCUAUUCCGCUCUCUGUCCCUUUAAACACACUCGGCACUUUACGGAGUCGCUCGGCACUGUUCACCAUCGACCUCUUUCACUGCGGCUCCAUCGCCGAGCGGACUGGCCCGCUGCUCUCAUCCGUUGGAUCUACUAAACCACCAGCGCCGGUUCCCUGAAAGCCUCCAACUGCUGUACAAAUGCAAGCUAUCAAAUGUGUGGUGGUCGGCGACGGGGCUGUGGGUAAGACCUGUCUGCUGAUUAGCUACACCACCAAUGCCUUCCCUGGUGAAUACAUCCCCACUGUCUUUGACAACUACUCUGCCAAUGUGAUGGUGGAUGGAAAACCAGUGAAUCUGGGCCUUUGGGAUACAGCAGGACAGGAGGACUACGAUAGGCUCAGACCACUGUCUUACCCACAGACGUGGUACCCUGAGGUGAGACACCACUGCCCCAACACACCCAUCAUCCUGGUGGGCACCAAGCUGGAUCUGCGAGAUGACAAGGACACCAUUGAGAGGCUGCGAGAUAAGAAGCUUUCCCCCAUCACCUACCCGCAGGGCCUGGCUAUGGCAAGAGAGAUUGGGGCUGUGAAGUACCUGGAGUGCUCUGCGCUGACCCAGCGAGGCCUGAAGACAGUAUUCGACGAGGCCAUCCGAGCCGUGCUCUGCCCUCCGCCCGUGAAGAAGAGGGGAAAGAGGUGCACCAUGUUCUGAGGAGGAAACACUGUUAAAACACUGCAUCACCAUGAACAACAACCACUACUUCUCUGGAUGAGGGGAUGAGAGAGAAAAACUAGCAAGAGUGAGUGUGCACUGCUGAGAUUGCUUUCUUUAUAUUGAUGUUUUUUCAAAGCGAUAUUGGUAAAAAGACCAAUAUUUAAUCAGAUUUUUUUUUACCAUUACUGAAUAGGUUCAUAGGUUCUCUGUGAAAGACAUCUGACUGUCCACCUACUAUGUACUCGUAGAACAACAUCAAGUUGCCAUGAGGGCUGACAAAGAUUUCUAUUACUUGUGUUCAUACUGCAGCAUCUCUUCUUUCUCAGCCAUGCUUGCUUGAAUUAAUGCAGUGUUGACUAGAUAGAAAGUAAACUGUGAAUACACCUUCAGGUCUGAAGUUACCCUCAGCUCCUGAUCUAAGAUCAGCAUGCUAUUGGCAUGCACACAGAAAUCUGUUGGAACUGACAGGAAAAACAAAAUACUGCAUUCACGAAAUUUCACAAAUAGAGCAUGAUGUCUUAAAUGGAAAUAAUGAGUUUUUUCUACAACAAAUGAGAGUGCUAUGUUAAAGGGAAAUUCCAGUUUAUUAUAGCCUGGUUCUUAUUUUUAGUCCUCAUUCCAAUCAGUAAUAACAUUGUACUCACCAAGGAAAUUGCUACAAUUUAAGAACGCAAAGUCAUUGCUUUAAAGCAAGUCCACCAUUUGUACUUAAUCUUGAAGCCCUGUCGUGUAGAGGGGCUCUAUGUCAAACUGUAGUUUAAGACCUUCAUUAGGUCAGUUUUAUGCUAAUAUGUUGCAUAUUGCCAAAUCACUGUAUUUAAUCAAAUUACCACACAGAAACUCUGGGGCCAGGUAGUGUUCUAGCUUAGAAAAGCUGUAACAUUGGACAAAGUCAAAGGAACUGGGGUUAAUGGGGGCCCAGCAGCUCAUUUUUGCCCUUAACCUAAGAGAUUAAGUUGACUUUAGUAAGUACAAUCUUUAGUGAGUACAAUCUUAUUGAUACUGAUAGGAAUGAUGGGGAAAACCUAUGAACAUAUUCCUCUAAAAGGAUUAUAUGGAAGUGACCUAGCAUAACUUUGAAAUAGCAGUCUAAAGUAAGAAAGGUGACUUUUAACUCCAGUGACUCAGAACUCAUCACAUGUUUUCUUCAGUUUUGGCUUUUCUCAUUUAGCCUCAAUCUUAAAAUUACCUUAUGUUUGAGUGUGAAGGCUCAUUCUUGAACUUGUGAAUAGUAGUUUGACAAAAAAAUUCUCACCACUUAUUCGGUCCACCUACUUGGUUUUACCAGAGCUCUCAGCCACACCUUGCUGCCUGAUCAGCAGAAGAGUUUGCUCAGUCGAAGACUAUGAGAUGUGGCUUUACAAGAAUUCAUCUUCAAGUUCAACUUGCAAAUAGUAGUUUGACAAAAUAGUCUUAACUUAAAUAGUCUUAACUUAACAUUUGACAAAAUGAUCUUAAGAGCAAGAGAUGCGGUUAAAAGCUCGCAAAAGCUUGCACUUACUAGCUUUUUUGCGAGCUUUUAACCGCAUCUCUUGCUCUUAAGAUCAUUUUGUCAAAUUACUUGAAGUUGUUUUACUUACCGAAAUGAAAAUGGUAACCAGUCUUUGCUAUCCUUUUAUGGUGAAAAAAUGAUCUGUUCCUUGACAACGGUUGUGUUCUUACUGUACUUUCAACAAACAUCUGAUCUUAGUCAAGUGUCUCUGGGUAACUUCAUCUAACUGUGAACAUGUGACAGAAAAGCAUGCCAAACACGGGGGGCUGUACAACCUUGCUGCCUGAGUUCUGCCUCUGGGGGUGGAGGAGCUUGCAUGGGUCUUAAAAUAUUCUGUCUUAAUUUAUCCCAUUGUUUAGAUCUUGUCUCUGUUCCUGUGUGUGUGUGUGUGUGUGUGUAUUUCAUGUUUUUAUAUCCCAGUGGGGACUUUAACCUGAAUGCACACUAACCCAUGGGGACUUGUGUCACCGUGGGGACAAUCGAGGUCCCCAUGGGUAGAGAUGGCUUUUUGAGGGUUAAGAAUUGGUUUUAGGGUUCAGGUUACAAUUAGGUUAAGGUUAGGGUAAGAGUUAAGGUUAGGCAUUUAGUUGUGAUGGUAAAGGUUAGGACAAGGGUAAGUUGCUAGGGAAAGCAUUAUGUCAAUGACUGUCCCCCACAGGGAUAGUGAAACAAACGUGUGUGUGUGUGUGUGUGUGUGCGUGUGUGUCACAGGCAUGUAUAUGAACGCUGGUGUUUGUGUGUGUGGACGAUAUGUGUCUGUAUCAGUGAGACAGCUUUGUUUGACAGUUUGGGGUAGUGCAUAAAAGACAGUAUUGUUUUAAGCCAAGUUUUUUAGUGUCCAGUUUUUGGUACUAUUUCAUAUUGUAUUGUAGUAAUACACAAGACUUUUCAACAAUCUGUGGGACAUACAGAAAGAAAAAAAUGGAUAUUAAUGACAUUUAGUGAUAUACAGACUAAUCCUUAGAAAAGGAAUGCGUUAUGAAUAUCUAUCUACAUGUACCUGAAUAUUUAGCUCUUGAAACUUAAACAAUUCAAACUAAAGGGAUUAUACUGUAGUCGCUCAUGUUGAAGUUAGAAGUGUUGCUAACAGUGUACAAUAAAGGGGCCAAUCUUUGUGGAGUUUGUCAUUGUGGCAAAUGGUGCAGGUUGCACCUUUAUGAAAUGCAUUUCUGUAUGGUUGCAGGCCUGCAGUGUGUCUGUCUCCCUCGCGCGGUGAGACGCAGCACUGCAGUCCACUCUGUCACGCUGUCUUUGGUUGGCAUAGUUGUGUGGUCCUGCCUAGCUAAGGUGUCGAAAUGUAGCUGAGAAACACAGCAAAAAAUUCAAAUCUAUUAUUGCAUGGAAGUUCUCUGGUUAUUUGACCCACUGUAAUUCUUAAGAGAGGUUGUAUGAUGAAAUGCAUUGGCCAUGUACGUAUGUAAUGUAAAAUGACUUGUAUACUUGUUCCAACUCUUUGUCUUAUUUUUUAUUACUUCACAUGUCUGUUUGGUGAAAUAUUUCAAUUUUUUGUAUACUAAAUACAAAUGUAUAUGUAAGGUA